AUGGCUUCUAUAAUCAUGACCGGGAGAAUUGUGUGUACUAAGCCCUUACAGUCAGUUAUUAAAUCAUUAAAAUAUGCCACAACAGCAAGUUUUUCAAGAACUGCAGACGCACCGGAGAAAAAAGUGGCGGUCAUCGGAACUGGCGUAUCUGGAAUUUCUGCACUGAGAAAUUUGACCUCGCCGUUUGGUAACAUUACGCCAGUUGCAUUUGAGAGAAGUGCUUCCUUUGGUGGACACUGGUCUUUUACGAGCAACAAAACACGUGAUGAGUUUGGGUAUCCGCCUUCAUCAGCAAUAUACUGCGGACUAAGAACAAAUUUACCAAGAGAGUUGAUGUCAUUUCCGGGAUUUAAGCAUGACGACAAUUUACCAACCUUUCCGAAACAAAGUGAUAUUUACGAGUACCUGCAGAGAUAUGUAGAUUAUUGUGACCUUGAAAAAUAUAUAAAGUUUAAUACAAUUGUAACUAAUGCUGUUCCAAGGAGCCCGGGCGAUGCCAAAUCAAAAUGGGAAGUGACGUAUUGUGACGUCAGCGAUCCCACAAAAUCAUCUACAGAAGAAUUUGACGCAGUUAUAAUUUGUAAUGGGAACUGUGUUUUUCCAAAUGUCCCGCCUUUUCCUGGGAUCGAUGCGUUCCAAGGGAGACUACUCCAUAGUAGAGACUAUCGACAAGCUGAAGAGUUCAAAGGGCAGAAUGUUGCUGUUGUUGGUUCCUCCUACUCAGGAAAAGAUGUGGCUAGACAGCUUUCAGAUUUUGCAGAUAAGGUUUAUUUAACUCACAUUGAUGAACCAAUCAAAACAGUUUAUGAAAAUGGAAAUGUCAUAGAGAAAAAUUUAGGCAUCCGUGAAAUUAAAGAAUCAUCAAUAGUUUUAGAAAAUGGUAAAGAGGUUCACCUUGAUGCAAUAGUAAUGUGCACAGGGUACAAAUACCAAUUUCCGUUUUUGUCAGAAGAUAUAAUCAGUAUUCAAAAUGAGCACGUGACACCGCUGUAUAAACACGUGCUACAUUUGGAUUACAACUCACUAUUUGUUAUAACAUUGCUGAGAAACGUGGCAACAUAUCCAAUCUCGUUUAACCAGGCAAGAUUUGCAAGAUCUGUCAUAGAUGGCAAUGCAAAUCUCCCAUCUAAAGCGGAAAUGGCCGAAGACAUUGCGAGCGAAGUUAAAUGGAGAAGUGAAAACAAUAUGACAGGACCAAUGUGGCAUUAUAUGGAUACACUUCAAUGGAAUUAUGAUAGCCAUCUUGCUGACAUGGGAAAGUUCGAACCAUUGUCAGAAAUGCUGCAAAUCUAUUGGAAUUUUGUAGAAAAUCACAGAGAAAAAGACUUUUGCAAUUAUUGGAAGUACGACUACGUAAUGAAUGGAAAGAAAUCAAUUGAAGCAAUCAAACGUGACGAACAUCAAGAGGAAGAACAUCUACCAUAUAGAAUGGUUGUAUGAUUUAGUUUGAUAUUAGGACAGGUAGCAUAGACAAAGUCGUUUUCAUACUAAUUCUACAUUGAUAUAUAAAGUUGACAACGAUGUUUUUGAACUUCGCAAUAUUUGUUCAUUCAUCAUUCAUAGAAUUUUUUUGGGAUACAAGAUUCACAAUUGAGACUGACUCUGGAAAUGCAUCCAUUAUUCCAAGUGAAAAGUUUUAAAACUAGAACUAUUAUAUCGUUGAUAGAACAUUUGUCAUUCUGGUUACCUUUGAACUUGUGAACAUGUAAAUAUCGUAUUCCUUAAAAGUGUUUUUGAAUCUCAGUUUCCAUUUACCAUUGUUAUAAAUCAAAGAUGCUUCAUUAAAACAGUUCACGUCAUCUGUUAAAAGUCAAAUAAUCAUAAAUUUCUUAAAUAUUUAUUUUAAUUUACAAAUAUCAUCUGACAUUGCAAAGAAAUUAGCAUUUCA